CUGAAGGCCUUUGAUAAUGAAGUUAAUGCUUUCCUGGACAACAUGUUUGGACCACGAGAUCCUCGAGUUCGAGGGUGGUUCCUGUUGGAUUCUUACCUUCCGACCUUCAUUCUUACCGUCAUAUAUCUGCUCUCGAUAUGGCUGGGUAACAAAUACAUGAAGAACAGGCCUGCUCUUUCUCUCAGGGGAAUCCUCACCUUCUAUAACCUCGGGAUCACACUUCUUUCUGCAUAUAUGCUGGUGGAGCUCAUCCUCUCCAGCUGGGAAGGAGGCUACAACUUGCAGUGUCAGAACCUCGACAGUGCAGGAGAAGGUGACAUCCGGGUAGCCAAGGUCUUGUGGUGGUACUACUUCUCCAAACUAGUGGAGUUCCUGGACACGAUUUUCUUUGUUCUUCGAAAAAAGACCAGUCAGAUCACCUUUCUUCAUGUCUAUCACCAUGCCUCAAUGUUUAACAUCUGGUGGUGUGUUCUGAACUGGAUACCUUGUGGUCAAAGCUUCUUUGGACCAACCCUGAACAGUUUUAUCCACAUUCUCAUGUACUCCUACUAUGGGCUCUCUGUGUUCCCGUCCAUGCACAAGUACCUUUGGUGGAAGAAAUACCUCACACAGGCUCAGCUGGUGCAGUUCGUACUCACCAUCACGCACACACUCAGUGCCGUGGUCAAGCCCUGCGGCUUCCCCUUUGGCUGUCUCAUCUUCCAGUCUUCGUAUAUGAUGACAUUGGUUAUCCUGUUCUUAAACUUCUAUGUUCAGACAUACAGAAGAAAGCCAGCGAAGAAAGAGAUGCAAGAGCAGCCUGCAGGGAAAGAGGUGAAGAAUGGUUUGCCCAAAGCCCCCUUCAUUGCAGCUAACGGUGUGACAAACAAGAAGGUGCAAUAA